AGAUGGUGAGUCCGGGAUUGUGAGCGCCUCUUCAGUUCACCGACACACCACACACCGACAGCAGCACCGGAGACCGGAGACACGCGCGAUGCACCGCGACGCGUGAUCCGCGACAGACGCACCGCUCCGCAGACCGUGAUGGGGCAGCAGAUGCGGCUCCGGUGAAUGGCGCGUCUCCUCGGAGUGUCGGUACCGGGGACGCAGAGCACCAGAGACGCGGAACGCACCGAGCGCUGAGGAGCCAUGGGGAUCCUCCACCUCCUGCUGCUGCUGCUCUGGCUGCACCCGCUGAGCGUCUCCUGCACCCUGAGCGCCAAACGCGUCAAACCCGCGCCGCGGAAGAGUCCGAAGCCCCGGGAGAUGAACGGAACCACCGUCGCGCCCUCCGCCGCCACGCAGCGCAGCACGCAGGUCCGGCCGGCGCACACGCACGAGACCUGCCGCGGAUACUUCGACGUGAGCGGGCAGUACGACAAAGAGUUCGAGUGCAACAACACCGACCACCGGUACUGCUGCGGCUCCUGUUACCUGCGCUUCUGCUGCCAGUUCAAGGGGAACCGCCUCGACCAGCGCACCUGCAAGAACUACCACAAGCCGGACUGGGUGAAGACGGUGACGGCCUCUCCGGUGCCCACCGGCGACACGUACGACCCGAGCCUGGACCAGACGAACACCGCGGUCUACAUCACCUGCGGGAUCAUCGCCUUCAUCAUCCUCAUCGGGGUCUCCACGAAAGUGGCGUACGACAAGGCGACGCAGCCGCCGCAGGAGAUGAACAUACACAGAGCGCUGGCUGAUAUCCUCCGGCAGCAGGGCCCCAUCCCCAUAUCUCAGUACGACUGUGAGAACUUUGCUGCGAUGAACAGCUCAUCCAAAGACGACACGCCGCAGCGCUCCAAGAACCACUACACACCCACACACAGCAAAGCCAACCACGGAAAUCAUUACUCCAAGGAGAGCCGCGCAGGUACACACGACCUCCACAACUUCAUCUCGUCUGGCUUCGUGACGCUCGGCCGCAGCCAUGGGAAAGGAGAGAAGCAGUGGCCGGUGAGAUCUCAGAGUCAUCAUGGAGUUCAUCAGCACACCUACAACCACCUCGGCCUCAGCAGCCCCAGCCAGACCCCCAAACCCACUCACAGAUCUCUGAGGCACGAGAGCAGCACCCGGAUGAACAACAUCCUGACCUCUCAGACGGAGCCGUACGAUCUGUCCUUCUCACGCUCCUUCCAGAGUCUCUCCCAUCUGCCUCCAUCAUACGAGUCUGCAGUGAAGGCCGACCUCAACAAAUACUCCUCGCUCAAGAGACUAACGGAUAAGGAUGUUGACGACUACUACAGCCGGAAGCGGCACCUGCCGGACCUGGCGGCGCGAGGAACGCUGCCACUACACAUGAUGACACUGCCACCGGAGCCCCCGAGCAGCCAGCCGGCCCCGCAGACGCAGCCGCAGCCACCUCGCCAACGCCCCCGCAGAGUUCAGAGAGCCAUGUCCCAGGACCGGGUGCUGUCCCCGGAGCGCAGCAGUGGACACGACUACCCAGUGUCCCCCUACGGCAUGCCCCCGUACGGCAGCCGCAUCCUCUCGGAUGAGCAGCUGCUGUCGGCGGAGCGCCUGCGGUCUCACGAGCGGCUGAUCUCGCAGGACCGCCACUUCUCGCAGGAGCGUAUCCACACGCAGGACCGACUGCAGUCGCAGGACCGGCUGUACUCGCAGGACCGGCUGUACUCGCAGGACCCGCUCAUCUCUCCAGACAAGAUGAUGUCCAGCAAGCGCCCUGGCUUCCACAGCGACAGGUCCAUGUCCAGAGCCAUCUCGCACACGGACGUCUUCAUGCCCACCACGCCAGUGCUGGACCGCUAUAAGAUGACCAAAAUGCACUCGCAUCCCAGUGCCUCCAACAACACCCCUCAGAACAGCUCCGCCGGCGGGCAGACGGUCUCCAAGAGGCAGGCCUUCGCCUCGCGCCGCACGCAGACGAUGGAGCAGCUGCACUACGUCCCGCAGCAGCACCACCACUACCGCACCGGAAGCAAGACCGAAGUCACUGUCUGACCACCGCACUCCCGCCAACACACUCACACUCGAUAUUAUCAUUACGUGUUUGUCCUUCACUCAGACGAAAGAACUCUGCAUUCGUAAGGGCUUCGGGAGAACGUCACAAGAAAGAGCGUAUGAUGAAAAGAAGGUAUGGACGUGGAACAGAACUGUACACAUUUAUAUUUAAAUACAUACCUAUAUAUAUAAAUAUAUUAAUACCAAUACUGUUUGUACUUCCGGUCCUAGUCAAUAGCUUUAGAAGUUCUUAUGAUGUUCGCGCACUACUUUUGGCGCCUCUACGAAACCCUCCAUAUCAGCCACAGUGGUUUCGUGGGUUAUAAAGCACAAUCCAGUAGAGCUGCGUUUGUCUGGUUCAUUGGUUCGGUUGAUGAUGGCUAGCACACAUCAGUUCAGUCUUCAGCUAGUGGCCAUUAUUGUGUGAAGAUGAUUGUACAUAUGCUCUGCGCCACAGCGAGUGGACUGUUCUGGUUGGCAUUUGUAUUCUUGUAGUUUGAUUUUUAGAGAUUGGAGACUCCUUCAGGACUAUAGACGACCCACUAACCCUGUGUUGGACCAUUUCUAGUAUUAUGAUGCUGUACGUGUGUCCCCUCACAUGUAGGAUGAGAUUGGGGCGAAUGACACCUGUUGAUCUCCGGCUGUAGACUGUGUUGCAGUGACUCACAAGAUAAAUGAGUAUAUUAUGCUUGUUGUAGUAGCUUCAAAUAAACCCUCCUUAUUUUUGUAAACAGGACCGAUGAUCUGAACACAGUUUUAUUAAACGCUGAGAUGCUGAAUGCCGGAUCCUUUAUGGGGUAUGAAAGGUGAAUAUGGGAAGAAUAUGCAGGCCACAUUUACUGCCGAAAGUCUCCUCACAGAGCUCCAUACUCCCUAAUGUUCAUAUGUAGACUGGCUGAAUCUGUGUUAUUGUGUGGAAAAGAGCAGCCCGAACAUUAUUCACAGUCUCUGCUCUGCUGCUGGGGGUAAAUAAAGUCAGGAUUGAUG